CUCAGUUGGUCUCUCGCGUGCCUUGUGUUUCUCUGAUGGAGGCUCUUGCUGCUGUUCGUAAUGAGGAGCUUCGUCUUCGCAGUGCUGGUCUAUUGCAAUCUUCGUCUUCUUCAGUUUUGGCUGUUCGGUCUUCUUCGUCUACAGCUGUCACCCCUCCACCCAAGGCGCCUCUUUCAGCGGCGUCUUCUUCUGAGGGAGGAGGGGGUGGUCGUCUUCACUGUGGCUAUUGUGGUAAGAAAACUCAUGUGGAGGCAUUUUGCUUCAAGAAGAAGAAAGAUCAGUCUCGCCGAGGUGGUAGUGGUCGUGCUUCACAGGGUACAGGUAGUGCUGGUGGUUCUGAUACUGGAGGCACUCAACGGAGUUCUGCUGGUUCUGAUACUGGAGGCACUCAACGGAGUUCUGCUGGUUCUGAGACACAGGAGAUGCUCAUGUUGCUUCGUCGUCUUGCUGCCUCUGCGCCAUCGGGAGCUGCUGGUUCUGUUACUCAGUCCUCUGCACAGUCAGAUGCUGCUACUGCUUCUCAGUCUUCUUCAGGACCGCACGGGUCUCCUGGUUGGUACUGGCCCUCGUCGGCGUGAUUCUCAGCGUCUUUGGGAGCUUGACUGGCUUCGUCUUCCUUCCGCUGCCUCUGCCAGUCUUGUUGGGUCUGCUGCAUCUACGUCAUCCACAUCAUCUUUUGCUCAGUGGCAUCAUCGCUUGGGACAUCUCUGUGGCUCGCGUCUGUCUACGCUCGUUCGUCGUGGUCUUUUAGGGUCAGUCUCUGGUGAUGUAUCUCUAGAACAGUGUCAGGGUUGUCGUCUAGGAAAACAGCUCCAGCUUCCUUACUAUUCUAGUGAAUCGGUGUCGAAACAUCCUUUUGAUCUUGUUCAUUCUGAUGUAUGGGGUCCGGCUCCCUUCGUUUCGAAAGGAGGCCAUAGAUAUUAUAUCAUUUUUAUAGA